AUGAAAGAUAUAUCUAUACCUCAAGAUAUUUGUGCUAAAUCAAUCGAUAAAAAUGAUCAAUUAUUGAAAUACUGUGACAUCUGCAAAGAGUCAUUCUUAGAAGAAAGUAAAUUCAAUCAACACAAACAAAUUCAUACAGGGGAGAAACCAUAUCACUGUACUGUCUGUGGUAAAUCAUUGUCUGACAGGAGUAGCUUUGCUCGUCACAAACGUAUUCAUACGGGGGAGAAGCCAUAUCACUGUAGUAUCUGUGGUAAAUCAUUCUCGAAUGAUGGUCACCUAGCUCAACACAAACGUACUCAUACAGGAGAGAGACCUUAUCCCUGUGAUAUCUGUGGUGAAUCCUUCUCUGCUGGCAGUAGCUUAACUCGUCAUAAACGUAUUCAUACAGGAGAGAAACCAUUUCCUUGUGAUGUAUGUGGUAAAUCUUUCCCUGAAAACUGUAGCUUAACUCAACACAAACGUAUUCAUACAGGGGAGAAGCCAUAUCACUGUAGUAUCUGUGGUAAAUCAUUCACUAAUGACAGUCACUUAAUACGACACAUACGUAUCCAUACAGGAGAGAAACCUUAUCCCUGCGAUAUCUGUGGUGAAUCGUUCUCUGUUGGCAGUAGCUUAACUCGUCAUAAACGUAUCCAUACAGGAGAGAAGCCUUAUUCCUGUGAUAUCUGUGGUAAAUCAUUCUCUGUUAGCAGUAGCUUAACUGCUCACAAGCGUAUUCAUACAGGUGAGAAACCAUAUCACUGUGAUAUCUGUGGUAAAUCAUUCUAUCAGGGAAGUAACUUAACUACUCACAGACGGGUUCAUGGAUGGGACAAACCAUAUCACUGUGAUAUCUGUGGUAAAUCAUUCUCUCAGAACAGUGGCUUCAUUCACCACAACCAUAUUCAUACAGGGUAGAAACCAUACCCCUGUGAUAUCUGUGGUAAAACGUUCUCUGGAAACAGUCACUUAACUAUACACAAACGUACACAUACAGGAGAGACCAUAUCAUUGUGAGAUCUGUGGUAAAUCAUUCUCUCGAAAUAGUCAUUUGGUUACUCACAAUCGCCUUCAUACUGGUGAGAAACCUUAUCAGUGUGAUAUUUGUGGUGAGUCAUUUUCUCAAAGGCAUCAGUUGAAUAGACACACGCAUACACAUGGAGUAGAGAAGCCAUAAUCCCGCAUUAGUUGUUGUAAUUCAUUUUUUGCAAAUGCUGUUGUAACUACACACGAAAAUCUUCAUACUAGACCCAACCUAUGUAAUGGUCAUGUCUGUGUUAAAGCAUUCUCUCAUAGACCCUAACUUAACUGUCCAUGAACGAAUCCCUACAUGAGAGUAGCCAUGUCCAUGUGACACGUGUGGCAAAUGAUUCUCUCGAAAAAGCCACAUGCAUAAACAUGUGGGUAUUCACAGAGACGUGUUACUGUCUCAAUGUCAAAAUUUAUUAAGUCAUAACAAUAAUUAACACUAAUUGGUCUGCUAAAACACAGGCUUUUUCCUUUCAUCAGUUAUAGGAAUUUCUUAAUAAAGAAUAAUGAAUAAAA